AUGUCUAGUCGUACCGCUGAUUUAGCACAUGCUACACCUACCAAGCCCUCUAUGCUUUUAAAGGAUCUUAGACUGUCUUCAGUAGAUUUGCUCAAUCCUCUCUCUUCUGAUUUGAUGCAGUUUACGCAUCCAUCUCCCGAGUAUACACCACAGGAUUUCUGCAAAGAAAAUGAUGUAACACAAUCUGGAAUGCCGUCCACAAUGAUGAGCCAUUUUGCAAACGCGGACGACAUUUCCCUUUCGUGUUACGAUAACACGAUACAACAUGCAAUUGCCCAAGAUGAUUUGCUCUCGAUGAUGCAAGCGAUCAAGGACAGCUCAAUUGCAUCAACCAAUAAUCUAGAUGAUAUUAUAAUGCCUUCAAUUGACAAGCAAUCAAGUUCUGGAAGCCUUUUGCAGUUUUUUUCUCAAUCAGGAUGGCCUAUAAAGAAGUUUGCAAGUGAUCGGUUUGACUUUGAAAGCAAGCAGUCGUCACAGGCUACACUUGCAUCACCCAUGUCCUCUUGUAUGCAGGAUGGAUCGAUGCAGCCAUUUCAUGGUCUAGGGCUUGUACAGGGAUCAGGAGAAGGUCUGCAAAUGUCGGUUUCUACCUCGGAUACAUCUACUCGACGAAACAGUGAUGUAUGUCGAGCUGGAUUCGAUGGAUUGACCAUCGAAAAACGGGACACCAACACUGGCAGUAUCCCUACUCCAGUUAAAGAAACUUUUCAAAAUUCAGCAUUGGGAUCCUUGUCAACAGCCCAUUCUGGUAGUCAAUGGCCAUACACAUUGGGCUACCCAAUCGACUCGCAUGCAGCUACUUCUAUUUCUCCUACAUCCAUACUAGAUAUUCCACCACUUCUUGGUACAACUGGAUUUAGCAAGUCCUUUAUGGAGCGUCUUGGUGAAGCAGGCGAUAACAGUCUUGCAGGAACAACUCUCGAGUUUUCCGACGAUAUGCUAUCCAGCUCACCCGUGGCCCAAUCGAUACACGACAACUCGCUAUCGGCAACAAUUGGUGAGCUGGUUCAGACUGGCAUAGGCAUGUCGAUCAAUGCCUCGGAUAUGAUGACCAAUCAACUAUCCGCUACUCCGAUUCGUCAAUCUCAAUCAAUGCCUACGGGGUCCACCACGCCUGGUCAGCGUAUGUUUUGCAUAACUAAUACAACUCCAAAUUUUUCUAAUCGUGGCCCUCUGUCACCCAUGAGAAGUUGCUCCACUGUCCAAACUACCCCUCAAGUUGGCAUGCUUCUAUCUCCGUCAACUCCACACCAAGGAAACAUGUUUCAGUUUUACAAUCCCAACGACGAUCUCUUUGAGCAGAGCUCUCCGCUGCAGUCGCUGGGAAACAUCCAUCAAUACCAACAAAAUCUGCAAGCUCGACUCCAGCAAGAAUGCUUACAGGAUUCGCUACCUCGGUAUAACAUGCCAUUGUCAUUGAACACGUCUUCAGGUCCAGUCAACUUUCCCAAUAAUCCGUUUUACGAACAUCCGCUAUGCUCGCCUCAGAUGCAACAUUUUAACAGUGCACUACAAUGUAGUCCUGCAUUGGGAACAACCACUUUGGCAUCUGUAAACUCUAUGCCAUCAAUGGCUAUGCAACAGUCGUACAUGUCACAGUUUAUUAUGCCCGAGUACUCGGUCAAGUUUGUGAAUGACGUGACUGGAUCUUUUUCUAACGGAACACUCGAUAAUUUAGACUCGGCUUCCAAAUCUUCCAAUACCAAACGCACCACUCAACGACGUCGUAGCGUGCAGUCCAAAUCUAAUCGACUUGGUCGCCAACAGCAAAUGGAUGCUUUUCCUCCAAAAUCUCUUCCUGUGCCCAUUCCAAAACAUAAAAGAACUGAAAGGUUAACAUCCGGCUCGAGCGAACGUGUUCGACCCAAUCUAAAUGUGAUGUGCAAAUCUCUCGAGCUAUCACAAUUUGAUUCGUCAUUGAUCUCACCUUCUCUCCAGUCUCCAUGGGCAAUGAGUGAUAGUGCCAUGGGUGAUUUACCAGUUGUUUCCAACAGUACGCCUUUCAAUUCUACUAUGCCAGCCAACCGUCGUAAAAUGGUUGAGCGUGCUUUCUUUUGUAUCAACUGCCGUUCCGAGCUGGGCCAAGUCAGUGUUCGUACUUCCAUUCCUGAAGACCAAGUUCUUUUGUUGAGCUACUUGACUUGCAAGGCAUGUGAGAGUCAGCCUGGCGGUACUUUGUGCGAGAUGAACGCUAUGUUUCCAUUUGAUAUGAUGGUUAACGACACGAUCGAUACACCUCUUGUAGCGACCUCUUUAUCUUCUGCGGAUCAAAAGAUUUCUCCAACAUCGGGUCGAAAACGUAGUCGUUCUAUGGCUCCAACCGUUUGCUGCGAAGUAUGCAAGGAUAUUGUCGGAGUUGUGCACAAAACACCUAAUCCCCUUGUUGGCAUUCCCAAGCCCGAGUAUGUUUGUAAACCAUGUUUUGAUACGUAUAUGUUUUGCUCUGAAUGUGGUGGUGGUGGCAAGCAGCGUACUGGUAAAUGGCGACCCAAAGAAUUGUUUGAAGCUGCCAGACGUACGUGCUCACUCCCACAUGUCCGUGUUGGUAACGCACAGAUUCACUACCAGGUACUUGUUACUGGAAAUGAGCUUUUACCAGAUACUAUGAACGGUAUUCAAGAUGUGUUUUACGACUGCAUGCUUUCACUCUAUGCUGUGCCCACAAUGAUUAAGCUGUCCAAGUUUGGAACAUACAAAUCUGUUCUGGACGACAUUGAAAAGAUUUGGCGUACCUCGGUAAUGAAUCUGCUCAAUUCACCUCCCGCACCUAGUGUGAAUCGCUAUUUGACUGUUGCAUGGAUGGAUAAGCGUCAUCGCAACAAGGGAAAAGGUAAAUUUUCCAUCAAGGAUACUGUGUCUUGGUUAAGUCAUAUCAAUGUCGAGCAAGCUGCUCCGGCAUCGAAUAUGUUGCAUCUUGGUGAUGAAGCCAAAGGAGCUCGUCAUCCGUCCGUCUCGCCUACAAGUCAGAAAUCGUUUUCUGCUGGCAUGGAUGCUAUGCGAUUUGACUUUCUUUGCAAUACACUCGGUGCGGGUCAAAAUCAACACAUGCCACAAAACUCUGCCAUGCCAUUGCCUUGCGCAUCAUCACUUACACAUCCCUUAUUUCACGAAACACCUCAACAACAAGAUGAUCCAAUCGAGUCCAAUCGCAGUUAUAUUGCUUUCUCUAUGAUGGACUGGGAUAUGUCACGCAACACAGUAUUUAUCACUCAAAUGGCUCCUCGCAGUGUGUUUCUUAAAAGUCUCGAUCAAUACGUUGAUCUCAUGCAUCGAGGUAUCAAUCAAAUCAUGCAAGAUGCGCGUUCAAUGAAUCUGCCAUCUCCAUCCAUUGUAUGGGGAUGGACACGUAAUGAUCAUAUUCGCUUGCUUUCUGUGCCAGGUCGUCUUGGAUUUGUUUCGCAAGAACAAUUCUUGAUGGAACAUCCUUCAGUAGAUCCGGCGAUCUUCUAUCGCCCAGAAUUUGCUGAAUUAUUUGAUGAAGGAUCACAUGUAUUUGCGCAAACCAUUGAUUCAUUCAUGGGCCAACGCUCAGGAUAA